AUGCGUGGCAUUGCCUCUCUUCAUUCACUCCGGGCCUCGGGAAGAGCUGGCCGGUACCUAGCAUCGGACCAUACUUACCACUCUGUGCCCGCCCGCAGUCUUCAUCAAUCGGCACGGAUACCAGCUAUCAGCUGUUCAGAAGCACGACACAGGCCUGCGCUGAAGUUUGGCAUUCAAGAGCGGUCGUCUAUCGGCUCGCAGUUACGAAGCAUUUACAUCCAGACCCAAUCGACUCCGAAUGCAUCCGCCCUGAAAUUCUUACCUAAUCACAAUAUCCUUCCCCAAGGAUUCCCUUCGACCUUCCUCGAAUACACGUCGCCUCGUGCCACACUGGCUGCGCCGUAUCCUUCACCUUUGGCUGCCAGACUUCUCGAUGUGGAUGGUGUUUCGUCAGUAUUCUACGGCCCGGAUUUCAUCACGGUGACCAAGGCAGAAGACGUGAAUUGGGCGCACAUCAAGCCUGAAGUCUUCAGCUUGAUCACCGAAGCCAUUACAGCAGGAGAGCAAAUUGUGAAUACAGUGGACAAAACUAGCGCAGGAGAUGGCCAAGAAGGCGCGGGAGAAGACAGUCUGGCCGCAGAUGAUGACGACGAUGAGGUUGUGGCAAUGAUUAAAGAACUCCUCGAGACGCGCAUCAGACCCGCAAUCCAAGAAGAUGGAGGAGAUAUUGAUUUUCGAGGAUUUGAGAAUGGAGUCGUAAGUUUGAAGUUGCGAGGGGCUUGCAGGACGUGUGAUUCAAGCACUGUGACACUGAAGAAUGGUAUUGAGUCCAUGUUGAUGCAUUAUAUUGAAGAAGUGAAGGGUGUCAAUCAGGUCUUGGAUGAAGAGGAAGAAAUUGCCAUGAAGGAAUUCGCCAAGUUCGAGGAAAAACUUCGUCAGCAGAAAGGACCUGACGCCGUUCCUUCGACUGUCGGCAAAGGCAGUUUGGACUAUGCUGAAUGA